AUGUCUGCCUUCCGUGCCCUCUCUAUCGCUGCUAUCGCGGCCGUCGCCUCUGCCCAGUCCGUCAAUGUCGUCAACAAGUGCUCUGACGCUGUCACGCUCUUUACCCAGAGCUCCUUCGGCACGAUCGACAACAACGUCAACGUCGCCGCUGGUGCGACCAACGACAUGCACAUCUCCAGCGACUGGGACGGUGCCAUCAACGUCGGCACGGGCUGCAAUGGCAACACGUGCACGACUGGUGGCCCCACCUGGGACGGUCAGACCCCCUUCUCGCGUGCCGAGUUCAACUUCAACGCCGUCCCCGGCUCCGUCACCUACGACAUCUCGCUGAUCUACGGUUACAACGUCGGAAUGGAGAUCUCCUCCGCUGACUCUGGCUGCUCCGCCUUCGCCUGCACUCUUCCCAGCGGCUGCCCUGUAACUGGCCCUGACAACUCCUGCUUCUCGCCCUGCUGCUCGUCCUCGGACGCCUGCUCGGGCGGUGCGCUCCCCGCCAGCAACGGUGGCUGCGUGAGCAACGCCGGCCCCGGCCCCAACUCGCCCUUCUACUACAAGUCGUGCACCAACGCGUACGCCUUCCCCGACAACGACGGUGCCGCCGGAUACACCCCCGCCGACAACGUCGACUUCACCUGCGGCAACACCGCUAUCACCCUCACUCUCUGCCCCGGUACCACCUCCAACAUCCCCAAGUAA